AGUGCUGCGAGCGUUCAGUGGCUGAAUGGUCGAGCAACGCAUUGAAUCGGUAGUGAAUAUUCGGCUUACCAUGUCCACAUAUGAAUAUACGCUGAUAAUUGUUUUGGCUCUGGGCUUGGUUCAGGCGGAGAGCCCGAAACCGAUCACGGAGACCUGUCUGACUUGCAUGUGCGAGGCAUUGAGCGGCUGCAAUGCCACGGCUGUGUGCGUGAACGGUGCCUGCGGCAUCUUCAGGAUCACCUGGGAUCAGUGGGUCGAUUCGGGACGACUGACAGUGCCGGGUGACACAGCCGUAACGGACAGCGCGUUUACCAACUGCGCCAACGAUCCGCACUGUGGGGCGGACACUCUCCAGAACUACAUGGUGAAGUACGGACAGGACUGCAAUGAUGAUCAGCGGGAGGACUGCUACGAUUACGGCGCGAUCCAUUACAUGGGUCCAUUCAACUGCAAAGCAGACAUGCCCUACAACUACGAGAACCUCUUCAAGCGGUGCCUGAGACGGGCGCAGCGGGAACAGCAGCGACAGUCGUCGACAUAAUCCACGGCUGGGAAACCACUAAUAUCUAGUUUCUAGUUUCUAGUAUUUAAUAUCUAAUUUAUGAGGAAGAGUCUGCGAAAUUUGUGUCAGAAAAUUGCAUUGCAAAUAGCCAGCCUCUCGAUUAAUAAACAACAGAUCGGUUGAUCAGCGUA